AUGAGCAUGCAAGUAACCAAGCAGCUCCACGCCCACAUAAUUGUCGCUGGACAUCAACUUCAGCAAGAGCACUACCUCCGAAAUCUCAUCACAUUCUUCGCCAUCUCUAAUGCUUCCUCUCUGCACUAUGCCCGCAUCAUCUUCUCUAAUAUUCUAACCCCAUCAACCGUACUAUACAACACCAUGAUCAGAGCGUACGCCUCCAGCUCCGAUCCCUGUCAAGCAUUACACCUCUACAACCAAAUGCGGGGAGAAGGCCCGCCGCCGAACAAGUACACAUUCCCUUUCUUGCUCAAGUCGUGUUCCAUUCUCCCCCAUCUCUCCAAAGGCCAAGAGACUCACUGCCAAAUUAUCAAGCACGGCUUCCACUCCGAUAUCUUCAUCCAGAACGCGUUGAUCCACCUCUACGGGUGCAAUGCCAAGAUCGUGCUGGCGCAUCGAGUCUUCCAGGAUAUGGGUUUUGAUCGGGACAUUGUUUCUUGGACCACUUUGGUGAGUUGCGUGGCGAACUUCGCCUCUAUUAAAUCGGCACGUAGGCUGUUCGAUAAAAUGCCGACGAGAAGCGUUGUUUCUUAUAGUGCCAUGAUCUCCGGAUAUGUUCGAGUGGGACGUUUUAAGGAAGCAUUGGAGCUGUUUCGCGAUUUGCAAAUGGCAGCCAUGGAACCUAAUGAUUCUACGAUCAUGGGUGUCCUUUGUGCCUGCGCGAAUCUUGGGGCUCUUGAUUUGGGUCGGUGGAUUCAUUCCUAUAUCUGCAACCGAAAAGGGAGGACUGUUGAUACUCGAAUAAAUACUGCGCUCAUAGAUAUGUACUUCAAAUGUGGAAGUAUAGAGAACGCACUACACGUCUUCUUGGGAACCCAAGAGAAGUUAGUUGGCGAAUGGACUGCUAUGAUAUCUGGGAUGGCUAUGCAUGGUCUUGGCCAUAAAUCCAUUGAGUUGUUCGAAGAAAUGCUGAGGUCGGGAGUUCAACCCAAUGUUGUGACUUUCGUUGCGCUGCUCUCUGGAUGCACUCAUGCCGGAUUGGUGAACGAAGGUCUGGUGUAUUUUGAGAGGAUGAAAGGUGAGUUUGGGAUUGAGCCCACAAUCGAACAUUUCGGUUGUGUGAUUGAUCUGCUCGGCCGGGCUGGGCAGAUAGAACGGGCGCUCCGGUUCAUCCGGGAGAUGCCCGUGGAGGCUAAUGCCGCCAUCUGGGGUGCUCUUCUGAAUGCCUGUAAGGUACAUAAGAACAUGGAGAUUGCUGAAAUAGCUACGGGAUGGUUGGUUAGGGAGCAGCCAUGGAACGGAGCUCUGUACGUAGCUUUGAUGAGUUUGUAUAGAGAAGCUGAGAGAUGGGACUGUGUGGAGAAGGUGAAGCAGAAGAUGAAAGAGGUUGGUUGUAGAAAGAACCCUGGCUGUAGUUUGAUUGAAGUGAAUGGCAUCUGUUGUGAGUUUGUGGUGGGUGAUAAAUCACAACCUUAUGUUUUAGAAUUGUGUUUGAAUUUAGGUCAAUUGGUCAUGGAAUUUGAGGACAAUAGUAACAAUGAUAACGAUGAUGAUAAAUAA